AGGCGAAUUUGCGACUCGCUUAGAUAACCUUGGUUAUUCACGCUUCCUCUUCCACUUAUGUAACUACGGUGAGAAACAAUCAACGGACGGUAAGCCAAACAAAGUACAGUUUUAUUGUGCACUCGUAGCAGAAACGUUUUUGUUUGAUCUUUUUUUGCUGGGUCUCCGGGUCGUUUUUGGUGAGAUAUUCAAUAUUGAAGAAUCAUAAGGAAACAACUCGUUAAGACGAGUGGAAUUGACUGUUUUAAACGAACAAGAGUGGUUCCAUUACUGUUAUUACCGUCACUUAUUUGUUUUUCUUCAUUCGUUUACCAAUAUGGCCAGCAAGUUGCCAUUUAUGAGCCUUACAGUUCCAGGUUUAGCUGUACGGGAUCCUUCAUCAUUACUCGAAUUGGUUCAGCUAGAAAGCUUAGAGUGCAAACGGAGAGCGGAUGUCCAUAAAACGUCUAAACUUGCCUUACUUUUGGCCUUGACUGUGCGAAACCAAUUAAUGGAAACAAAGUUGCACACGGCUGAUGCACACAUCAUUAGCUAUGUCGGCAAGUUACAGCGUUCUAAGUCUUCUCUUCAAAGCAAAAAGAAACAACUGGUUUCUGUUUUGGAAGAGCUGGAUGAGAAUGAGAACAAACUAGGCUCCGCAGAGAAAGAGCUCGUUCAAUUAAAGGAAGAAUACAAACAGCUACAAGAAGAUCUUAUUAAACUUUCAAAGAAAACAUAUGAAUCAGAGGAAACGAUACGGCUUUUGAAAUCGUCGAAAGAAAGCGGUGAAAGUGCAACUUUUGGAAAAAAUGUCGAGUCGUCAAGCAGCACAACACGGCUUCAUAACGCCGUUAAUGAAUAUAAAAAGCUACUAAAAGCUAAGGAACAGGACAUAACAAAGCUUCAGUCAAGCGUUUCUGCACGCGAUACAGAAAUUGAUCGUUGGCGAAUCCGUGUGGAAACCAUUGAAGCUAAUUGGAAAGCCAGAGUACAAGUGUUGGAAUCAAAACUUGCGACAUUGGAGAAAAAGACUCGACUUAGUAGAUCUGCGCACGACAGAAAAAGCACCUCCUCAACCAUGUUAAGCUCACCACAACUCGUUACAAACAGUCCGUCUCCGCAAAAGAGCAGCCUUUCGUCAAGACGUUCUAUCCGGGAAAAAUCAAGUCUUAGUAUGACUCCAUUCCUUAAAAAAACAAGUGUUGCAUUAGGGUUAUCUUCAAGUCCUCUUCGACGAGACGCAAAAACGCUGCCUAAACCUCUCAGUCCAAACAAAUCCUUCUCAGAGACUCGCUCGCGCCUGCCAAGACCUUCUUUGUCUCCAUCGAAACGGACAUCUACAAAUGUCGAUGGCGAUAGUAUAUCUCAAAAUCUUGUUCAGGAAGCGCUUGGGAAUGGGAGCCUGAAAAAGAAGAGAAAACUUGAAGCUCCAAGCCUCGAAGUUCAGCCGGUAGACGAAGAGAAUGAGUUGCAUUCUGAUGAGGACUUAACAUUAGCGCCUCCUAAACGGGCAUCAAGUAUAGUUCGUGCUAUAAGUCCUCUUAAGGCGAGGUCGGAAACGGUCAAUUCUUUAAAGAAGGGAUUUUCUGUGAAGCAGUUGGAAGAUACAUCUUAGUGAUGCGUAUUUGAAUCUGUUUGUAUUUCAUAAUAGAUCAUUAUUCUUAUUCAUCAUCUUCGGGAUCGCUCCCCCAGGCGAUAAUGUCAUCAGCAAGUUCACCUUGCUCAUGAAUUUCACUAAGGCCACUUAAAUCCUCAAUGUACUUGGAGUCAUUCAUUGCAUUCGCGACAAAUUCCCACUUCUUAUUGCUCCACUCAGCACAAACACGAGGAUUGCAAGCGGAACAAUGUGGAUAGGCCUUUCCUUCAAUUUUCAGGAUCGUGAAGUCGUGAAGAAAACCUCGUAACUGAUGUGGUACCUCACCAAGGAUGCCAUUUGUUCCAUGGUUAACACAGGAUUUGUCAAAAAGUUCAUGCUGUGUUAAAGAUGUCAGAAGUUCUACCGCAAAAGAAGCGGCCUGUGCGGCGGCACCAGGACGUGUAAUGGUACAUGUUUGAUCGAUGCUUCGAUCCAACAUCGAAUUUGUAGGUGCGAAUACAUCAUUGCAAAAGUAGCAGCCAAGUUCCCGCUUUCCUUGAAACUUUUUACCAUGUCUCAUUACGACCCAGCUGUCAAAACCUAAAGCCGCGUUGAUCAACGUUUUGUUUAGUUCUGCCGCAAUAACAGAUGGAAGCCAUCGAGAUUCUCGUGUAUCCGUGAGCAGGAAAAUCACAUCAGCAUCAAUCAUUAGCUGUUCAAAAGAGGUAUAGUCACUUUUAACUUUUUUUACUUCUGAAGCAGAAAUAGGAUGACCUAUCAUGGGAAUAGUUAAGUUGUACCCUUUGGAUUUCAUGUCUGGACAUAUUUCCUUAAGCCUUUUUGCUGCACAUUCUGCCUUCCACUGUCCACCGUUCUUACAGUCUUCAAAUGUAAAUAAGGAUUGUCGAACAGGAUUUGAAUAAGACACGCGUGAGUUGUCAAUGAACGUGAUGUUUCGGACACCCCAUGCCUGUAAAUGUCAGUUACUUUAUGUCCGUUAUAUGGUCAUUCCUUACCAUUAAAUUACGAGCCACAUGGCAUCCAAGAGUGCCUGAUCCUAAGAUUAAACAUUUAAGAUUUGUAAUUUUCUCCAAGUUAAGGUCAGGUACAAGUCUCCAUUUCAUAAGACUCAAAUUCAGCAUGGAAGCUGUACUAGCAAGAUGGUUUGGAUCAAUUAAAGGAGCGAAAUUGACUAAACGGGGAGUUGUUUUUCCAUACUCGUUUCGCUCCCAACCAACAACGUUGUCGCUGAUGUUGUUUGGCACACUGGAGUGUUUUCGAAGUUUCAGUAUAAUGGACCGAGAGAAGGAGCCCGACCGAAUAGUAUCACGUAUGAGUAGUAAGCUGACAGAUUCAAGUUUGUGUACUACGUUUAAAUAUAGUAACAGAUUUCGAAUUGGCCAAGAAGGAUACUGUUCGUGUAAAACUGAAUCGACAGCUGCGAUAUAGAACUACAAAGUUAGUAUCUUUAAGUCGAACGAGUAGUACCGUAUUUCCACUGUCUAUAAUUGAAUGGAGUUUUACCAGUGGCACGGGUGACCAGCUUCCUUCUUCUAAUUGUACCAGAAUGAAAAUCGAGUGUUGACUUGCGUCAUGAUCGUUUCGAAAGGAAGCAAUUAAUGAGGACAGUUCAUUUGAAGAGAUUGCGUCUGUGGCACUUAAUGAUUCUUCAAGCUUCCACAUAGGUGUAUUCUUAAACGUUGGAAACAAGCAACGGUAAUGAAGUUUAAAAGCUUUUAUGUCAGCAUAACAGAAUAUACAGAAUGGAAACAGUUCCCUAGGAUCAUUUGAAACUGCAUCACUUUCAAUAGAUGACCAUAGCUUUAAGAAUUAGUUCAAAUUGUUCUUUAACUUUAGCUCAAAAAUUAGCUUAUACCCGUUUACCAAAGUCAUCUUUCAAUUGACUUAUAUUGUAAUUGUUAAAUAGAGA